CAUCUUUCUUUUCUUCGGGCUCAACGGCUUCGGCGAUGACGGCGAUCGGCAUUGUCGACCAGUGAUCCCAGCACAGAUAUCUCUGUGGAUCCCAGUUGGUGUACUUAUAAGUUAAAAAGAACGUAUACGCUAUCGAGCGGCUGUUGAAGCUAACGCUACUGCGCAUGCGCCUGAAUUCCUACGAACUAGGAUCACUGUUGCCGACCAUUGCCUACUGUCACCCUAAGCGUUUCCAAGAUGAAUGCGAAGGAGAAUUCAACGGCGCCCACGACGAAGGGCACAAACGCGUCAAAUGCGCCGAAUGCGAAGCCCUACGGCAAGAUCGUAUUGUCGUUGCAAAACUGUCUCCUGCCCGAGGACAAGCUCAACUCCACCCCGUCGCAUUCGGAUGGUCUUGACGCGGAAACUGAAACGGACCUGCGGAUAUUGGGAUGCGAACUCAUACAAACGGCCGGGAUUCUGUUAAAAUUACCUCAGGUUGCAAUGGCUACGGGGCAAGUAAUAUUCCAACGGUUUUACUAUAGCAAGUCUUUAGUUAGACACAAUAUGGAGACUACUGCGAUGGGUUGCAUCUGCUUAGCUAGCAAGAUCGAGGAAGCACCUAGGCGCAUCAGGGAUGUAAUCAACGUCUUUAAUCAUAUAAAACAAGUAUCCAGCCAAAAAGCGAUACAACCCGUGAUUCUCGAUCAGAAUUAUGUAGCUUUGAAGAAUCAGGUGAUUAAGUCGGAGAGGAGAGUGCUGAAAGAACUGGGUUUCUGCGUUCAUGUAAAACAUCCUCACAAAAUCAUUGUAAUGUAUCUGCAAGUGUUGGGAUAUGAGAAGAAUCGCACGCUGAUGCAGCAAAGUUGGAACUAUAUGAAUGACUCGUUGCGCUCCGACGUGUUCUUGCGUUAUCAGCCAGAGACAGUGGCGUGCGCGUGCGUUUAUUUGGCCGCUCGUCAGUUGCAGCUGCCUCUACCCACACAACCCGCUUGGUUCUCGCUGUUUGGAGUCAGCGAGUCGGCAAUCAGAGACGUGUGUCGACGUAUAUUGCGUCUUUAUUCACGGCUUCGCGUAAGACCUGAACAGUUGGAGAAACGCGUCGAAGAAUUGCGACGUCAGUAUGAAGAGGCAAGAACUAAAGCGCGCGGCGGAGACAUUGACGGGCAUACCCCAAGCCCACCGUUGCCAAAACAUCACAAUGCCUGGGGGGGAUUCAUCAGUCGCAGUGGCACUCAUGCAGCUCCCGAAAGAACAAAGUCGCCUAGGCGCUCAAAAUCUCCAAGUACUUCCCCAUCGCGAUGCGAAGAAACAAAGUAUUCCAGUAAGCGAAAAAGGCAUAGCAGAAGUAGAUCUCGAAGUCACAGUCAUAGUAGGUCCAGUAAAUCCAAAAAGACACAACGAAGACGAUCAGGUAGCCACAAGUCGUCACGAAGAUCGCGUAGUUAUAGAUCGCGAAGUCGCUCACGGGACAGAGAUUUGGAGAAAUCGAGCAAACACCGUAGUAAGCGUAGCAGACGACUACACUAAGUACCGACAUAUUUCUAGAAGUGUUACAUUAUGUUAGGAGAUAUGAAUUUAUUUACGAUUGUAAUCAAUUUGUAAUAUACAGCGAGGUCUAUUUCCUUUCGCUUAUUUCAAAAUUAAUACUCCGUUUUCCGAGAUUACUUUGAUUUCGGAGUUUCACAUACCAAUAUUACACGUUACAUUCUCGCAAGCGUUUUAACAUUUUUAUUGUUUACAAGUAUGUAAUUUUUUAAUAUUAUGAGGCCGAUAAAUGUGUUUUUUUUUAAAUACUGAGCUUAACGGGUAAAAGCAUUUUCGUCAGUUUUUAAAAAUCUGUUUGGAAAAGAACAACGAUAUAAUUUUAAAUAUGUAAUAUCGUAUACUUUUCUAAAUUUUUAUAAUGACUGACAAAUCUAAAAAAAAUAUUUAGUAGGAAUGAUGUAAAGCAGCACUUGUGUGUGUAUACAACAGUGUUUAUGAUUCCACUUCUAGAAAUUACAAUAGUAAUUUUAUGAUAAUUGCUUAACAUUAUUUACUAUAAGAUUAAAUUUCAAUAAUCAGAUAUGUAUCGUUCUCAGAAUAUUAAUUUGAUUAUGCUGUCAUAUUUUGUGAAGCCACCAUACCUCAAAUAACCGUAAGUAACGUGGUACAAUGUUAGAAGCAAAGUGCGAAGAUGAAAAUAUCGAGGGAAUGUGUGAAUACCAACAAUACGCAAUGAUAGAAAAAUAAAGUUUUAUAUUCGUA